ACAAAUCCAACGUCACAGAUAUCUGCCUCCCCGGCCAGCCGAGUGUGUCUGAGUCCGAGCAGUGCACUCUACAGACAGCGAUGGAAAGCGAAAGGGCCCUCUUCUUACUAUUGCUCGGGCAGGCUCUGCUGGGCAUCGGUGCCGUUCCCAUCCAACCCUUUGGCAUCUCCUACAUCGAUGAUUUUGCCAGCAAAAGGAACUCGCCUGUCUAUGUGGGGAUCAUCUUUGCGGCAACCACGCUUGGGCCGGCGAUCGCCUUCGUCCUGAUGUCACUCAUGUUAAACAUCUACGUCGACGCUGACAAAAUCCCCCUAGCGGAAGUUCAACUCACCCCCACCGAUCCGCGAUGGGUCGGCGCCUGGUGGCUGGGGUUCAUCUUCGCAUCUGCUCUGGCCGCGGUCUCGGCAAUACCUUAUUUCUUCUUCCCAAGAGAGCUGCAGAAAGAGAAAGAAGACCCACGCAAGGCGAUUGCGGAACCGAGCAAGAGCAACCUGCUAGAGGAGCAGAAAGGGAGACCUCAGGAUCUGACUCUGUGGGAGUUCAUCAAAAUGUUUCCCGUGGUCCUGAUCAGAAAUUUCAAGAACCUCUUUUUCGUCAUGACGAUCUUGGCCCUGAUCAAUCUCUCCGCCAUGGUGGCAGGCCUGGCCACCUUCCUGGGCAAAUUCCUGGAGUUGCAGUUUAGUCUCACGGCUUCGCUUGCCAACAUGCUCAUAGGUGCCGUCAACCUCCCAACGGCUAUGCUGGGAAUCCUGCUGGGGGGCAUCAUCAUGAAGAAGCUCCGCCUGUCCCUCAAGCAGAGCACCCUCCUGUGCGUCACCAGCAUGGGCCUCUGCCUCCUCUUCAAGCUUCCCCUCUUCUUCAUUGGCUGCCCGACCCAGGCAGUGGCAGGCCUCAACCACUUGGGAAGUUCUGCCGCUGGAGGAGGAGCUCACGUCUUCAACUGCAACCGAAUGUGCAACUGCUCUUCCAUGGCCUUCAACCCUAUAUGCGGCCAGAAUAAUAUCGAAUACAUCUCCCCUUGCCACGCCGGCUGCUCAGCUCUACAUUACGAUGCCGCGAGUAAGAAAGUCUUG